AUUCUUUCCUCCAUAUAAGUCUAUUCAUUCUUCCCAUCGGACCAAAACACAACUUUCUUUUCUCCUUUACUUUGUCUGCAGCUAAGGUUUCAUACCAUGGAAAUUUUACCAGGAUCAAGAGAGCCACUUCUAGAGAAUGAGAGUGGAUUUAGGGAAGAUGGAGAAAUCAAGAUUCAGGUAAGGGGUCUUACAAAGGUGUCGGAUAAGGGUAUUUCUAUAUUGAACAAUGUAAACGUUGACAUACCCAAAGGUAUAAUCAUGGGUGUCAUUGGCCCAAGUGGUAGUGGAAAGUCAACCUUAUUGCGAUCACUCAAUCGAUUGUGGGAACCUCCUUCCAACACUGUGUUUUUGGACGGUCAAGAUAUAUGUGAUCUGGAUGUGCUUACUCUCCGCCGUAAGAUUGGCAUGCUCUUUCAGCUUCCUGUUCUCUUUGAAGGCGCUGUUGCAGAUAAUGUAAGAUAUGGGCCACAAUUAAAAGGAAAGAAACUAAGUGACAAUGAGGUAUACAAGUUGCUGACUCUAGCUGACCUGGAUUCAUCUUUCUUCAGCAAGUCAGGUGGAGAACUCUCUGUUGGUCAAGCACAGAGAGUUGCACUUGCUAGGACCUUGGCUAAUGAACCAGAGGUUCUGCUGCUGGAUGAGCCAACAAGUGCACUGGAUCCGAUAUCAACACAGAAUAUUGAGGAUGUUCUUGUAAAGCUGAAGAGGGAGCAGAAUUUGACCGUUGUGAUGGUUUCACAUAGCAUCAAACAAAUAAAGAGAAUAGCAGACAUAGUAUGUCUGCUUGUUAAUGGGGAGAUUGUAGAAAUUUUAAAGCCUGAUCAACUUUGUGAAGCUAAACAUCCCAUGGCACAAAGAUUUCUUGAACUCAGCGCCUAACAUCUUCUCCGCAUACCCCCACCCUUAUUUUCUGGAUAUCUUGUGUUUUGUGUUUUUGAUACUUGGAUGGUGAAAUCGAGGAAACCAGUUCCAGAUGUGUAAUAGCAUUUGAUUUAUCAUAAGUAUACACUUGAGUCACCUCUGUGAUGUUUGCAGAUUGAGUAGCAAUUGAUCAAGCAAGUGAGACUUUCCCUGCUUAAAGAAGUUUCUAAGAUAAUGUACAAGCAAGUGAGACUAGUCUCGGUUGCUGAUUGAUUCAGUAA